AUGGUCACAUUAGUCCGAGCUGUGCAUCGACUUGUCGAUGUUUGUCAAAACCUCUUCACUCCCCUUCUUCACUCGUUGAAACGCCACCAGUUCAACACGCUCUCCAUCCAUUCAACAGGUACAGUGCAAGCCUGUCCGAUGCAAUCAUCGCGCCUUGCUCCACUGUUGCAAGCAGCUUUGCUGCCGUCGGAGCCAUUCUCAGCCCCGCGCUCCCUCCGCAGCAUCCGUCUGCCGUCAUUGUCCCCUCGCCUUCCAAUGCUGCCUAGUCUCGUAAGCACACUCGCAGCCCAAAGCGGCUACGCUUCGACUGCCACGUCUUCACCAGCCAACGUGUCGACGUCCAUCUCUUAUCUUCUGAACCCGCCAAGGCAUCAGGUGGCAACUGUCCACUACCAGCACCAACUGCAACAGGAGCGACAGUAUGCUCCAGCGGCGUCGAUCGGUGGUCCCCCGUCCACCACGCUGUACCAUCCGUACGCCAAAGUCGCGUCUCCAAUGAGUGUGACGACUCUUGACGUCCGCCACCCGCAGGACCUCAAGGCCCGGCUCAAGAAGAAGCGCAAGACGCGCAUCUGCAAGUCCGAAGGCUGUGAAAAGUACGUCGUGGACCGCGGCCUGUGCAUUCGUCACGGCGGUGGCAAACGCUGCUCGGUAGACGACUGCAACUGCCGCGCGCAGAACCGCGGACUGUGCUGGAAACACGGCGGCUACACGCGCUGCACGGUCGACGGCUGCACGAAGCGCGCCAAGUCGCGCGGAAUCUGCUGGUCGCACGGGGGCGGCACGCGCUGCAAACAUGGCGCGUGCUCCAAGAUCGCCGUCUCGCACGGUCUGUGCUGGGCGCACGGCGGCGGCAAGCGCUGCCUCGUGGAGACGUGCCAAAAACCUGCGUACGAGCGCAACGGGAACUUGUGCGCCGAGCACUGCACGCAGCGGACACAGCAGCAGCAGCAGAUGAUGGAAGGUGGUGGUGCUGUAGCUGCUACUGCUACUGCUACUGCACCUGCAAUUGACUAA